UGGACACUGUGUUACACAGUGUCGAUUUGUGUCGUAGCUGGAAAGCACUGACUGUGUUACACAGUGUCGACUUGUGUCGUAGCUGGAAAGCCCCCGAAGUAUUUUUUAAUUCGGCAUACUUCACUUUUCAAAAUGUUACCAGCUUUCAAAAUGUUACCAGAAAGAAUUAAAUUUCAUUACUUUUUUAACACUAUCAUUUAUUCCAUAUAUUUUCAAUCUAUCUGCAUUCAAAGACAUGGUUGGAUCAUCAUCUGAAUAGUAAUUCACAAGAAUGGCUUACAUCAUGAGUAAAACUACUAUUUUGUGUCGACCUGUGUUUUGCAAAAAAAUAAUUUCUGGUCCUAUCAAUAAAAACACUUUUGCAAGAAGUUAUCAACAACUUACUAACAAAACGAAUGCCUGGGCAGAGCAGAAAUAUAAACAAAAAGACGACAUAAGCAACAGUUACCGGCUCGUAUAUAGGGAACAUUCACUUGUCAACUUAGUAACCACUGCAGCAUAUCAUGUUGGAUGGCUAGGUUUUUUUACUAGCACAUUUGGCUUGGCAUAUUUAAUAUAUGAAAAACCACCGGUACGAGAGAAAGAACCAGAAGAUCCGGCUGCUGGACAGAAAUUUAGACCUCUGACUGCUGCAGAAAGAGUACUCAUGUUAUUUGUUAGUUUUGCUUUAUCCACACUACUCGUAGUAGGGAGUAGAACAAUUCCGUUUAGAAUUUAUCACGAUUCUGCGGAAAAAAUAUUUAAGGCUGUGUUUGUAAGUAGAAUAUUAGGUAAGAAACAAAUAGAAACAUUUGCCGAAGGUACAGCUGUACCCAUAUUUAGUCGUAAACAUCUAGGAGACUUAUUAUUUAAAGUCAAUGGUCGCACUAUACUACUUGAUAAAGAAUGUUUCCCGGUGCCGUACAUACGUGAGCAAAUGAUCUGCAAAAGUUCUACUGCAAAAUAGAACUAUUUGUAUUUAUGUAUUAUUGCAUCUUACAUCAUAAUAUCAUUUUUUUAGACUCUUAUGUCAUCGGUGAUAUCAUUUGCUCAUUUUAUCUAUUCAAUAUUGCAAACAAAAUUGAGCUGACAUUAAUAUGUAAAUAUUGAUAUGUAAUAUUGAUUUUUUUUUAGAUAAUAUAAAUUUUUACAUAGAUUCUUGUGCAGUAAAUAAAAUAUACAUUUUUUUAUAACUAUAUAUGCAAUAUAAAAGCUUGGAAAAGAAAAGUACAAUCUUUAAAGAAGAUUUCGAUAUCAUUCACGGGUUGUUUGUUCUUUUUCUUAUAUAUUUUUUUAAACAAAAAAUUAUAAUGAUGCUACUCUCAAAGGAAAACAUUGCUAUAAUGGAAUUAAGUCCCCAAAAUUCUUAUUCAUAUCGUAAUAAAAUCAUUGGUCAUUAAGUUUCAAUAAUUUAAAAAUUAGUUUAAAAUUGGAUAAAAUAUCAAAUAAAUAUAAUAAGUGCAAAUGCACUUUUAUGUACCAUUGCACUUACAAAAUUAAAAAAAAUUAGUCAAUAAAAAAAUAGAAAUUACUAUUCAACUUUUGCCUAUACCAUCAUUUCUUUCCAUCUUCAAUGGAAUAGAUGAAAAUCCGUCGUAAUUGAGUCCACUCUGUACACUGUAUAUAUUUGAUCCUCUUUUAAAUUAUUGAAGCAUAAUACAUGAUGAUUUCAUGAUAUAAAUAAGAUUUUUGUCUGAACUUUAUUUUAACGUUGCAAUUUUUCCUUGAAUGUAACAUCAUUACGAUAAUUUUGUUGAAAGAAAAAAUAAAAAAAAAAAAAAAAUAAAAAUUAUGUUUUUACAGUUUCCACUUUCCACUAAUUUUCACAAUUUUGAAGAAUAUAUUUUUCAAGAAUGCCGAGAGGUUUACGGGUUGUCUCUGUGUCUUGAUUCAUCGUUAAUAUCGUAAUUCAGAAAAAAAUAAUCCCUGAUUAAUAAGGAAAUUCUUUUUAAAAGUUGUAUUUCUUCAUAUGUCGUAAUUGGGUAUAAAAUAAAUACUUAAUGUUUGUAUUAUUUAAAAUAUAUAAUAAUAUAAAAGAUAUACAAAGAUAUAUACAAGACAUACAAACAGAAUUUUGUAAAAAAAACGCAUUAAAAAAUUCUGAUAUAUGUACAUACUUAUAAAAAAAGAUAAUAUAUAUACAUUUAUUUCUUAAAUAAGACUUUAUUUUUUACAUUGUUAUUUCUUAGCAAACGGUUGAUAUCCAAUUUUUAAAAAACGAUUAUUUUAGAAUUUGAUGUUUAAAUUAUAACAUUUUGUUUGUGUGAAUGAUAAAAUCCAUAAUUACUCUAAUUUUACAUAUGCACUGUAUGUACAAACAUUGAUAUGUAUAAUAAAAUAUGUAAAAUAGAAUCGAUAAUGUAUAUUCAAUAAAAAAAAGUUUGCUUUAAA